AUGACACAGUUCACGGAGAGAGAAGCCAAAAGUUUGGAUAAGCGAAAAGGUCGACCUUUUCUACUGGGUCUCACUGCUCUGAGAAGAAGGCGACCACCACCGUGUCUCCCCUUUAUUCAGUGCACACAGACUCGGGAGGAGAAGGGGCGGGGCGGCCGCCUCCGCUGCUCCCGCCCCCGCGCAGCGCGCCCCCCCCCCCUCCCGGCCCCGGGCCCGUCCGGGCUCCGGCUUCCGAGUUGCGACUCCAGCCCCAGCCCCAGCGCGCGAGGGCGCGUGCGCGCGGCGGCGGCGGCGGCGGCGGCGGCGGCGGCGGCGUGGGCUCGCCCGGCUCUUGCUCCCUCCCUCCCGCGCCGGGCACUUCCGGCCGCCGGGAUCCGCCGCCGGGUUUUGGGAGCCGCCGCGCGGCCGUGGGGAGGACGAGGCGCUCGCCUUCCCCGGGGUCCGCCCCUGCGACCCGGCGGAGAACUUCGCCUCAAAAGCCCGCCGGGGAUGCCUCAGUCGGUGGACGGUGGACGAGGGGUGCGAAGGGCGGCAGCCGAUUCUCGGGGUUUCCUCGGGGCCGUGCUGGGCUGGGAAGCCACCGCGCAACCUUUACUGAAGCUCCGUGGCGAGCUCCCACCUCCGCGAAGGGGCCCGAGGCAGCGGCGGACGGCCCCCAGCGGGAGCAGAGGCCACCCGGGACCGGCCCUCAGAUGGAGGACGCGCGCCUCAGGCCCGGGAGCCGGGGCGGCCGAAGCGCAGCUGCGGCGGCGUCCCGGGACCCCUGGUCGGCUACUAGCGCUGCAGCUGAGGCGCCGCCCGCAGAGAGGAGACCGCCUCCCGGAGUUGAGAGAAAGUUAUGAGGAUGUUCUCUGCACACUGGACUCUCAUAAGUCUGCAGCUGCAUCCACCUCUCUGGUGGCUCCUCCACUCAAAGAGACAGAUCCAGUACUGCAUAUGGAUGCUUCAGUCUUACCCUGUCUGCUGGGACUGACCAGGGAUGACCACUUGUGUCUGAGGCAUUGUUCCAGCAACAAUUAUGUAUCCUCCCAGGUUUCAUCUCCUGCUUGACGAGCCUACCACAGAAUCAGCCCUGGGCCCUGGCAAUACGGUUUCCUCUCUCCUGCCUGUUUCAAAUUAUUGUGGCUUCCUGUGGUUGCUAAUCCCUGGAUUCCUCUCAGUUUUUCCAUCACCUGUACAAUGGAUUCCUUAUAUCAAAUUCUCUGUUUAAAGUAAUGACUGUGGUCUCUCCUUUUCUGGUUGGAUUCAGCACCUUUGUCCAUUUUAUGUUUUUAUAAGAAUCUUACCCUUUUUAUAGAGGAAAGAAUGAUUUUCACAAAGAAGUGGUCAUUUUAAACUUGGGACGUGUCUGUGCGUAUCCUCGUGACUUGACUAAUGUCUUUGUUCUUUCCGCUUCUUAUCUCCUAUACUUGCUUCCCACCUCCCAAAAUAGCCAAUCCAUUCCCUGUUCUCUGCCACUUUCCACCCUUAAAGCAUACGACACCUGUCUUUUGGAGUCGUAUCACCUUGGAUGCACAAUGAUUUAUUUGCUUUUUUUAAUUUUUAAAUUCCUUUUUAUAUAAUGUUCUUAACAAGACUGUGACAACUGUAAGAUAGCAAAAAGGAGUACUGGAUUUUUCAUCCAGAAUUUGAAUGUGUGGAACCUUGCUUGAAUCCUUAAGCCUCUUCUUGUACAACAGGCCCUUGGUAGUAAAACAGAGAAAAGAUGACUUCACCAGAGCUAUGAACAAAUGAGAUUAAAACAUGAAAGGAUUUUGUAAGUGAUAAAAUGCCAAGCAAAUGCAAGAGAUUAUUUAAAGCUGUAAAUAAGAGUAGUUAUUUUUUUCUUAAAUGUAAUUUUAAAAGUCUCAGCAAAGGUAUUUCAUAGUUGGAAUUUAUGCUGAAGUUUAGUAGUUUCAUAUCUAACACAUGACUUUUUAAUUUCAGUUCUGUUGACAUUUGGGACUAGAUAAUUCUUUGUUGUAGGGGGCUAUUCUGUACACUGUAAAAUGUUUAGUGGUAUCCUUGUAUCUGUCUGCUAGAUGCCAGUAGCACCCUCCCCUUCAGUUUUGACAACCAGAACUUCUAUAAACAUUGCCAAAUGUUCCCCUGGGAGAAGAGAGAAGCAAAAGUACUGAUCUAACCAAAUCUACUUGGGAAAAUGUCACCUCUUUUUAAUUUAAGUUGUUAAAAAUAAAUAAAGGAGUUUGGGUUUCUAGAAGACUAUGGGGAAGGACUUCUAAAAAUGCAACUAUGAAACAUAAGUUAAGAGAUCAAUAAACCUUGCAAUGAAAGUGA